AUUCUGACAGCAAGCACAAGAAAAAGAAGAGAAAAGGUGCUCGUGAGGAGAAAAAGAAGAAAGCAAAAGACAAGCAGAAACCUGACAGGAGGCGAGACAGAUCCAAGAACAGUGACGACAAUGACAGCGAGAAACAGGCGAGGACGGACAGGAGAGGCCGUGCACAAGGGAGUGAACGUGCACGACAGGAUGAGCGUGCACGACAGGAUGAGCGUGCACGACAGGAUGAGCGUGCACGAGAAGAUGAGCGGGUACGAGAAGAUGAGCGGGUACGAGAGGAUCCCCGGCACAGAGGACGGAAUGAAGUUUCAGAGGAGGAGGAGCGGAGACGAAAAACAAACAGACAAGCAGACAGUGAGAGAGAGGAGAAACGAGGGAGAGACGGGGAGAGAGGGAGGGACAGAGAGAAAGAAAAGAAGAGAGACAGAGACCGGAACAAAGAGAACAGAGAAAGGAACAAAGAGAGAAAAGACAAGAGGAGAUAAACUUCAUCUGGUUUUGAUGGACUUCUCACUGUUGUUCCUCUUUUCCUCCUGUCUCUGCUAAUGUGGCUUUCUCCUUCCAUUUAUUUUUCUGUUCUCAAAAUACAAAAAAUAAAGUUGUUUUACAUAUU